AUGACUAACCAGCAACUAUCGCCACCACCCCGUGAUUUUCUUUGUCCGAUAACCCGAGAGAUUAUGCAAAAUCCUGUGUUACUUAUCGAAGACGGUCGUUCCUAUGAAUUGUAUGCCUUGCAACAUUGGUUACGCGAUCAUAAUUCCUCUCCAAUGACUAAUAAACCUUUACGUGAUCGUCGUUUUGUACAUAAUUUCAAUUUGAAGAGUGCUAUCGAAGAAUAUUGUACUCAACAAGAGAAACUCUCAUUUGCUAAUCGUUUUCUUUCGUUUAAUAUACGUUCUGGUCGAAUCCCGUCAGAAUGGAAUACUAAACCAACAUUAAAGAUUCGUCUGAGCCUUCUUGGCGGUUCCAAUGUCGGCAAAACGACACUGGCACGUUGCCUUCAAUAUGGUGUUCAAUCCUCAUUUGUACAUUUAAAUACUGCAGCAACAGUUGGACCUGAUCUUAUCUUUUUCUAUUUGGAUCAAUUGUAUGAAAACAAAUAUGUUAUUAUUAUUCAACUUGCUGAUAUACCUGGGAUGGAACGAUAUGAAUCAUGUUGUGACAAUCAUUUUCGUAAUUGUCAUGGUGCACUCUUACUUGCAGAUUCCACAGAUAUUGAUUCGUUAGAACGUGCAGAACUCUAUUGGUAUAAGCAAUUACAAACCAAAGGAAAAGAUCAUGUCGAAGCUAUACUUGUAUGUAAUAAAAUCGAUCUGUUCGAAACAAACUGUGAUGCGAAAUAUCGACGUAUUUUCUUUCAACGUGCUGAACAUUUCUCUUCGUCGCACAAUAUGUCUAUCUACCAUAUCUCUGCCAUACGUGGUGACAAUAUACAAUCGAUGUUCAAACAACUAAUAUUACGUAUUCUCCAAAGCGAUUCAUUGUUACAACAAAUCAAAGAAAGUAGUAUUGCUUAUGACCAAUCAACGAAUCAGAAAGAUUCAGCACGACGUGCAUCGUCAAUUCAACUUUCAAUUCAACCGGCAACAUCAUUGUCAUCGGUACAUGAUGAUGAUCAAGAAAGAAGUUCAUCAGGGGCUUGCUGUAAAUUUGCUUAG